AUGUAUCGUCAAAGCAUCAUCAAAGCUGCCCGUCCAGCACUGCGUCUGCAAUCCCGCGCUGCAUUCACAACAACGGCUCGAAGCAUGGCCGGUGAGACUGGAGCUCCCCGACCAACUGGUCAACUCCAUGGUGACGCAUUCACAAAGCGCGAAAAAGCAAACGAGGAUUUCACCAUCCGCGAGCGGGAGAAGGAGAAGCUUCUCGAGCUCCGAAAACGCCUUGCUGAGCAACAUGACCAUUUGAAGAAGCUUGAAGAACACAUUGACGAGCUAUCCAAGAACUCCGGCGGCGAGCAGAACUAA